GGGGUGCCCGCCGUUAAUUUCUGUGGUUGUUGGUUUUGCGGAGUUUUGUCUCACCAUGAUGGAGGAGAACGGUGCACACUUCUUCGAAGGGACCGAGAAGCUCCUGGAGGUGUGGUUCGCCCGGCAGCAGCCCUCGCAGCAGGAGCCGCACCCGAGCAAGGGGUCCGGCGACCUCCGCACCAUCCCCAGGUUUGAAUGGGACAAACUUUUGGAGAAUGUGCAUUGUUUGAUCAUUAGUGUGACAAAAACUGACAAGCAGGAAGCUUAUGUACUCAGUGAGAGUAGCAUGUUUGUCUCCAAGAGACGUUUCAUUUUGAAGACAUGUGGUACCACCCUCUUACUGCAGGCACUGGUUCCCCUGUUAGAGCUUGCUAGAGAAUACUGUGGGUUUGACUCUAUUCAGAGCUUCUUCUAUUCACGUAAGAAUUUUAUGAAGCCUUCCCACCAAGAGUACCCACACAGGAAUUUCCAGGAAGAAGUAGAGUUCCUUAAUGAAAUAUUUCCAAAUGGAGCAGCUUAUUGCAUGGGCCGUAUGAAUUCUGACUGCUGGUACUUGUACACUCUGGAUUUUCCAGAGAGUCGAGUAAUCAGUCAGCCAGAUCAAACACUGGAAAUUCUGAUGAGCGAGCUUGACCCAGUAGUUAUGGACCAGUUCUACAUGAAAGAUGGUGUUACUGCAAAUGAUGUCACUCGUGUGAGUGGAAUUCGUGACCUGAUAACAGGUUCUGUCAUUGAUGCUACAAUGUUCAAUCCUUGUGGGUAUUCAAUGAAUGGGAUGAAAUCAGAUGGAACUUAUUGGACUAUUCACAUCACUCCAGAACCAGAGUUUUCAUAUGUUAGUUUUGAAACAAACAUAAGUCAGACAUCCUAUGAUGACCUAAUUAGAAAGGUCAUAGAUAUUUUUAAACCAGGAAAAUUUGUGACAACCCUCUUUGUUAAUCAGAGUUCAAAAUGUCGCACAGUAUUUUCUUCAGCCCAGAAGAUUGAAGGUUUUAAGCGUCUAGAUCGUCAGAUUGCUCAGUUCAAUGACUACAACUUCGUUUUUACCAGUUUUGCCAAGAACAAACAGCAGAGUUGAUUAAUAGAAAUGAAGAAAAAACGCAAAAAGAUACCCCAUAGAGGAGGUGGUGAUUGCUUUCUAGUUAAUGAUUCAAGGGGCCAUAUUUUUCAUUUCCACCUCGUAGUCGCAGAAAGCCCUAGAUGUAAUCAUAGUAUAAUUUUCAAUUGUAUGCAUUAUUAUAUCAAAAUUUUAGAUAUAUUGCAUGAAUGCUAUCUUCUGUGUUUAGGUAUUCUAUUUCACUCUUGCUGUGAAAUUGAAAUUCAUGCAGAAAAAUUUUGCUGUAUGAAACUUUACCACACUUGUAAAAACAAUUCAAGUAGGAUUACAUGCUGUAUAGUUUUUCUCCAAGUAUCACCAAAAAUUCCCCACAGACAAGGAUUUCGUCCUCAUUAGAAG